CUCCCUCAAAACUCCCCAAAUCCCUAACACCAUUCUCCCUCAAAACCCCCCAAAUCCCUAACACCAUUCUCCCUCAAAACCCCCCAAAUCCCUAAAUCCCUAAAUCCCCAAAAUCCCUAAAUCCCCAGAGACGAGUUCGACAACGAUCUCUCUCCGUCUCUCGACGAGUGACGACAGUGAUAGCUAGCGGUGUUCAAGUUCAUCGACGAUCACAGCGACGACGGUGAGUGUUCACCGACGAUAUCUCUCUCGAUAAGCGACGACCGCUAGCGGUGGUGCGACGACGGCAUGUUACGAUCUCUCUCUCUGAGCUCAGUCAGUUGCAACUUAGUUGUACAAAGGGAUAACAAAAGAUUCCUUUUUCGUGAUAUGCUUACAUUGGAAUGUCCAGGUGAGCCUCAGGACUACAUACAAGGCAUCAGAGCAGCUUAUACUAAAGAUUUUGCCAGUAAGGAUAUCAGAAGGCGGCAAAUAGCAGUUGCCACCUAUCUUAUUGAUAAACUAGAUCUCAGGGCAGCCAAUGAGAAGAAGCAUAGUUGA